UACUGAACUAAGCAGACUGACGAUCCAGGCUGAACUGGUGAAUACCGGCGGCGGCUAUCGAUAUCGCGCCUGUUUGAAAACCAAAUACGAAGAACUGAAAAGACUCAAGAAUAAGACCUCAGGUCUCAUGAAUGAAUGUUCCAGAGACAGUCCCUCUGAGUAUAUCUGAAUGUAUAAUUGCCCAGUUUGAAUUUGAUCCUCUGCUCUGGAUUCAUCUGAACCGUGUUUCUUACACAACGGACAGCGCAUCGCAUCGCACCGAUCGCAUCUUCAACAGUGAACGGUCUGAGAUACGACCCUUUAUCUUUCUCAUUUUCUGGCCUACGCAAGGCAGCAGUCGCUUUCUUCUUAUCGAUAACUACGCAAGGUUGUCGCAACAUCUUUUGCGUCUCUACGUUGUUUCUGCUUUUCCAUCCAAGGGUAAGGGAGGAAGAUACCUUGUGAGCAUAGUCGCAAACGUCAAUCUGACUCUAGAAAAAGAGAUAUCGAGAGACAUCGAUAUAUCGACGGGCAUACAAAACGUCGUACCCGAUCAACCCAGCAUUGGCAGCAGGACAGUCAUCUCUAAGGCCUCUACCGGGUCCAGGUGAAACGAAGCACUUCCCCCCGCCGCGCAAAAGAACCACACGGCCAGCGCAUAGCUGAAGUAACAAAGAGAGGGAGACGUCGCUGCCAUGAUGGCAACGGAUCCCAUACAUGAUCUGGACAACGUCUUUGAUGACCAUCCGUCCCUCGAUGCCUCGCUAGAAGACUUUGAAGAACAGUACGCGCACCGGUCACCGUUCUUCGGUCUUCCGUCGCAACAUUCUGGCUUUCGCUCGGGUAUUUCAGAAGCUUCUCCAUCUGAGCAAGAUGGGAACAUCUCUCGGUCAAGCAGUCCAUGGUCUCCGCCUGGUCUACGGGCCACGUUCACCAGGCCAGAUUAUCAUACGCCCAAACAGCAUUCAGCUCUAGGGUAUCAUCCAGCAAUGAUGGCUGGCGCAGCAUGGUACAGACAGCAGCCGUACAUGCGUAACCAGCCCGACUUCAAACCAGAGCAUUUGCAACCACACAGCCCUGGGACACGGUCCAGGGAAGUCAGUCCUCAGUAUGAGGAUGCGCCUGAGAAGCCGACAUCAACGACCACGGCAACAGUGACCCUGAAGGAAGAGACAAGUGAACUAAUAAUACCAGCUACCAUACCACUACCCCAGGGAACAGAUUCACCCGUCAAAGGUCGUUCUCCAAGUCCGUCUCCAGAAAGCAGAACAGAAGCCCCAAAGGCGACGGCAACUUCAAUUACAGAAGCGGACGAGAGGAACAAAGGUGAUAAACACGAGUUCAAGGCAGUCUCUGACUGCAAACCAGAGAAAGAGUCCGAGUCGAUUACGAAUUAUAUCCGAUUUGCAGUCCGCGCUGAAGUCCAACAUCGCGAACCAUUUGUCGCAUUCUUCAACUACAUGGGAGCAAAGUUCGAUUCGAUGACACAGACCAGAUCGUCGACAUUACUGUCCGUGGUGGUUGCGCUGAUAUCACUUACAUUCAUGCGGGCAUUAUUUUUGCCGCCGCCGCUACCACCUGUGCCGGACAUUGUCAAGUUAUCCAGCUUCACAAGGUCGUUUGAGCCACUAAUAUAUUAUUCAGAGAAUGGCGUGCAGCAGAUUGGGACGUUGCAGGAGACCGGGGUUGCAGUAUGGGACCUGGCUGAGUCCGUACGGGGAACAAACAUGACAAGUGCCCCGAUCAUAGUGAGAGAACUAGAUGAGCUGUCUCAAUCGUUGAACUCGCUCUCACUGGAGCUCACGCGGUUCUUCGCCAAUGUCGACGCAGACAUUGAUUCCAUUCUAAUAGUGAUGGAAUGGGCACGAAGAGAGCUCGAAGCCCUCUCAUCUCAACCACCCAAUACCCUAUCGUCGAUAUUCUUCGAUAAUUUCCACAACAUGCUGUCACGUCUGGGUGUGCUUGAGACACUACCAACCGGCCUAUCGGCUAAUGCAAGCAACGGACUCAGCAACGAAACAAUGGCCGACAUGCCCGUUGCACCCAUUCCCACACGUCUAGGCUCAUUGAUAACGGCGCUAUUCGGCCGCACCCGCUCACAGCGCACCCAGCUGACACUAACCCACGCCUUCACCGAGCUGCUCUCGGUGCUUGAAGAAAGCAUAAACAACGAACUAACCCACUCCACCUCUCUCUUCACCCUCUUCGAGUCCAUAGACAGACAAUUCCUCAACCUGCAGCGCACUGUUGUUCGAGAAUCCAACGCCCAAGAGCGCGCCGAGGGAGAACUGCUUUCAUCCCUAUGGACUCGUGUCUUGGGCUCUAAUGCAAUGGCACUACGCAAAUAUGAGAAAAACCGACGCCUGCUUUCCUCCGUGCGCCAACGGACAGUCGCAAACAAGCAUCUACUCAUGGACCAUCGAGGCAGACUCCUCGCGCUGAAAGCAAACCUCGAAGCCCUCCGGCGCAAGCUUGUGAGCCCCCUUCUCAGGGGCGGCAAUAGUUCAAUGGGCAUGACGCUUGGUCCGUUGGUGGGGAUAAGUACCACCUCCGCACAUGGCGGCGGUGUCGGAGGCUCAGGUGAAGAUGCGGUUGGCGGAGAGAAUGCGAUGGAGAUGAUUAUCCAUGGACAGAUAAAGGGGCUAGAUGGAGCGCACGAUUACCUUAAGGAAGUCAGGGAUAAGCAGAAAGCCAAGUUGAUGGAGAUGGUUUAUGGGGCUGGCCGACGGGUUGGAGGGAAUGCGUUGGUUGAUGGAGAUUUAGAGGGAGAGGGCGAAGGGGAGAAGGCUGAUAUCGAGGGCAUGGAAGAGAAGUGAGAGAAAAAGUCCUUUAUUGUCUCUAUUUGUGAUACUCUGAUAUCUUGCAUGGGAUGGUCGACCCCUGGACGGACUGCCACGGCGUUUUUGAUAAGCAUGUUAGGGAGGAAUACAAGGUGAGUAACUGUUCAUGCUGGAAUAGAUGUAUACUAACACGGGGCAUAGAUUGUUUGAUUUUUUUUUUUUCCUUAUAUUAUUUUGAUAUCUAUCUUCGUCAUCUUCCAUUACUUCAUGUAUAGGACAUACUUUUCAUAGCAUAGCAUUUUUAACUACCUAGUUACAUCUUCCCUCAGCCUCUACCUGGGUUGAACAUAAAUUAAACAAAAAGAAAAUAAAUAGCCAAAUGAAUAUGCCUUCGCUUUUAUCUUAUAACACAGCGUUUCCCCAACCAACCCCCACGCCCGAACACCAAGAGCACCCAUCAAG